AGAAGGAAAGGGAAGAUGUUCAGGAAAUCUCAAGGUGUUCAGUCUGCUGCUGUAAAUUGCUCCUUCCUUGGAAACAGAAACUUAAAAUUUUGGGUGAACUUAUGCUCAGAGCUCACUUUUCUCUCACAGCUUACGCAUCCAGGACGAAAGAACGACCUCGAAGAAGCCAUGGCCGUUUACCAGCAACCAAUCGCUGUACAAGCAGUAAUCCCAUCCCAGGUGAUGACAGUGACCACCACCCAUGCCCACAUGCCUGGCACAUGGAGCACUGGCCUCUGCGACUGCUGUUCAGAUAUGAGCACCUGCUGCUGUGGUUUGUGGUGUUUCCCCUGCAUGCAGUGUCACACUGCCAGUUUAAACAACUGGUGCUGCUGCAUGCCGCUCCUGGACGCCUGCUGUGUGGUGUCCUGCUUACUCCGCUCCUCCAUCAGAGAGCGUCACGCCAUCCCUGGCUCUUGCUGUGAUGACUGCUGUAAGCUGUUGUGGUGUUACGUAUGCGUGUGGUGCCAGAUGAACCGUGAGCUGAAGAUCAGGGGCUCAGGACGGGCGAACACCGCCACAGUGGUCACCUCACAGGUCAUGAGGGGAUAGGACGCAACCAUGUGGAAACACAGGCGUUCAUUUCAGUUUGCUUUUCUUAGUAUAGCAGUGAUUAAAUUUUUUUUUUUUUACAAAAAUAUGCAGCUUUGCAGCAAAUUUUCACAUUUCAAAGUAGAUUUUUUGUUAUAGCUUGUUAUAUUGUGUCAUAUCAUAUCAAGUUAUUGUUUCUCCUUGUUAUUACAGUUACUGUUAUUGCAUUGCGUGCUCUUGUAAUAUAAUCGUUUUUGAUGACAGGAUCAUAUGCAGCUACAAUAUUAUCACUGAUGUCUUUAUUCACAAUGUUAAAAGCAAACAAACUUUCAAACUCACGUAUUGAAUAGUUUUUCUUUA